AUGUCCAGUAUAUUAAGAGAAGAGACAUCAUCCUUAAAAGAGAACUGGGCGAAGGUGCUUUUGGGAAGGUCUUCCUGGCUGAGUGCUACAACCUCAGCCCCACCAAGGACAAGAUGCUAGUAGCUGUGAAGGCUCUCAAGGACCCAACUUUGGCUGCUCGAAAGGACUUCCAGAGGGAGGCAGAGCUGCUCACCAACCUGCAGCAUGACCAUAUUGUGAAAUUCUAUGGUGUCUGUGGUGACGGAGAUCCACUCAUCAUGGUCUUUGAAUAUAUGAAGCACGGGGACUUGAAUAAGUUUCUGAGGGCACAUGGUCCAGAUGCAUUGAUCCUUGUGGAUGGACAGCCUCGGCAAGUCAAAGGGGAAUUAGGACUUUCUCAAAUGCUGCACAUUGCUAGCCAGAUCGCCUCGGGAAUGGUUUAUCUGGCCUCCCAGCACUUUGUACACAGAGACCUGGCCACAAGAAACUGCUUGGUUGGAGUUAAUCUGCUGGUGAAGAUUGGAGACUUUGGGAUGUCCAGAGAUGUCUACAGCACUGAUUAUUACAGGGUUGGGGGUCACACAAUGCUACCAAUCCGCUGGAUGCCUCCUGAAAGCAUUAUGUACCGGAAGUUCACCACAGAGAGCGAUGUCUGGAGCUUUGGAGUAAUUCUCUGGGAGAUCUUCACAUAUGGAAAACAGCCUUGGUUCCAGUUGUCAAAUACAGAGGUCAUUGAGUGCAUCACCCAAGGCCGAGUCCUGGAGAGGCCCCGGGUUUGCCCCAAGGAAAUGUAUGAUAUCAUGCUGGGAUGCUGGCAGAGGGAACCUCAGCAGAGGCUGAACAUUAAGGAAAUCUACAAGCUCCUUCAUGCGCUGGGCAAAGCCACUCCAAUCUACUUAGACAUCCUUGGCUAGCAGCGACCAAGCUUCGAAGCUGUUGCUGUGUCUUUUUUCUCCCCACCCUACCUCUCCCUUGACCUCAAGCCAACAUAUUCAUAUAAACUCAAGUGCCUGCUAUACAUACAACACUGAAACAAACAAAACCGAAAGAGACAAGUUAAAGGGAAAAGUGGAAAGCCUCAAUCAUAUGUAAAGCAGUUGGGGCUAUAUACAGAAAGAGAAAGAGAGAGAGAGAGAGAGAGAGGAAGAGCUUUUGCUCCCGUAGCUGCUGCUAUUAAAAAUAUAACAUCCCAGAAGCAGAAGGGAAAUGUGGGAGAGAUUGAAAGAUUUCUACAGUAUUAAACAUAACACAAGGGGUGAGGGGACAAUAUUUAACUUAAUAUGGAACUGCAAAUCCUACAGUGUCCUUUAGAUUCUGGCUGUUGGGUAGAGUUCAAUUCAUUUGGAAAUAUGGAAUAACACCAACAAAAGAACAGUUGACGAAAGCAUGCCUAAUCAGGCACCAAACUGGCAAUGGUCCUGUUAUUCCAGGGUGAUUCUCCCCUGGAGUAGCUUCCUAUUAAGAGAUCUCAUCUACCAUCGUAAUGCCACCAACUCUGUCUUGCCCUUCUGGCUUUAACCAUUCUGGAACCUCUGUUGUCUCCAGCGUAUCUCAUUCUACUCCAAGGUUUCUGGUUCUGUCCUAUGUGUAAAUGUUUCAGUUUUGGAAUAUAUACCAUUCAAGAAAGUUCACUUCACCUCCUGGUCAAAUGAAACAUCAGAGGAACAUCCACCCGGCUGCAAAGAAAAAAACAAGAAUGGAUCGAGUAUCGUUUACCUGAUCGUUUGCAUAUUUCCUUUCCUUGUCAAACGAGAGUCCUGGAAAUGAUCUCAAGGACCCAAACAAAUGUCUGCAACAGCCAUACGCAAAGAAAGUUUACAAAGUGGAUAUCUUGGAGACAAAAAUCCCAGAAAAUUCUCACUGGAAUAAUUCUAGAUAUGCAAAACACAGAUACAGCUAUUGCAACUAUUCCAUUGACAACUAUUGACCCAGCUGUCAAUUCCAACGAAGUGGCUUGAAAGCCCUCAUCUCAGUGGAAGUGGUUCAUCAUUUUAUAUAUAUAUGGUGGUCUUAAAGGCAAGGCAAGAGAGAGGUAUGUCUGAAGGCUCCAUGGAGAAUUUAUGACGAAGCACAAAGUAGAAUCCAAAUAUUCUCUAUGUUUACUGCCUCUACUGUGACCUGGGUCAAUCUGUAUCUCUUACCACUUCAAUGAGGAAUGGAUGUUGUUCUCCAUGGUUGUAGCUUAGAAUCCAGCUGAAAUAUUAACUGAAGGGGGCUGGGUCCCCUCUGAUCAAUCUAUGAUGAUUCCUCCUACCCCACCCCCUCCAUGUUUAUCUCUCCCCCCCACACCAUCCUUUCUGCCUUGGCUUGCCAACUGAUUUUUACCCAAUAAACUUACCAAAAAAGAAAAAAAAAACCAGGGUUGGAAUCUGUUCAGCAGCUAAAAAGGCAUCAAACAGCUGCACCCCCCCUCUACCUCUUCCUUUCUUGGUCAACAUUCCUCUCACAUCAGCAAUCUCCUGAAAAGACUGGUGCAUCUUCUCUCAAGACCCUGUGAAAUGGAACUUGAUAGUCAGCUUAGCAGGAAAGGUGGGGAAGAAGGUAAGGAAGGGGCUUUAGGAGAUGACAAGCUGUAAUGGACUUUCUCAUAGCUCCACAUAAAAGCAAAUUUGGGAUGAAAGGAGAGAAUAAUAAAAAGGGCCUCCCUGAAUCAUGUUUUUUUGGGGGGUUGGAAGCUAAUGGAGAGUGGAUCUCCAUGAGUGGAUCAAGUCAUUGGUUUAUGCAGUUGAAGAUACAUGAAAUACCUUUGGUUUAUUUUGCUCAUGUCAAAUUAGGACAUGAGCAUUUCUUCUAAAUGGAAUUUGGCUGUGGUCAAGCUAACUUCUUAAGACAAGUCCCCCACAAGGACUAAGUGGACAGUGGGAGGUUCAGGGUAUCAAGGGGACUUUUUUCCAGUCCACACUGCUAAGUGAAAUGAGUACACUUUGCACUUUCUGGAUGAUGGGGCAGAACAGAACACGAUUAAUUCUUCUGAUUCUGCACCUCUCUGGAAUUUGUGAUGCUAUUCUUAACCCAAAAGGUGCGUGCGAAAGAAAAGGAAAGAAAAAGCAUGCGUUGGGGGAAAGUUGUGUACAAAAAUAUGUAUAUCAGGGAAAUAAAGCAUACAAAAUGAAUAUACUAGGAAAUUUGCGUAUAAAAAUGAAUUGCCUUUGUGGAGGGGGGGGAGAGGUUUACCUGCAGAAAUGACAUGGACUUCCGAUGGAAUGGACUUUCAAGGGAGCAUGUGAAAAACAGGGGGGGAAAAACCAUCUCAUCUUUACAUUCCUGAGUGAAAGAUGUCCAAGAGAGAAAAGUACUGCCAGAAGAAACCUCUUCUCCAGCCUCUUGACAGAGCUAUCUGGGUAGCUGACCCAAUGUUUGUGCCUCAGUGGAGAUUUAGAUGUGGCCGAAGCUUGCACUCAUUGUGAUAUUGAAUGUUUUCUUGCGGAAUGAGAGGGUUCAGGGCAAAGAGAGUGGGGGAGACCAAUACCGAAGAGAGGUUUGUUGACUUAGAACCAAGGACUGCAAAAAUUGCCUUUGGGUGGACUCACCACAAGUUGCAGCACCCAAUUCACUUGGCUGAUCUCCAAAGCGUUAAGCACAUUUGGAUGAGAAUAGUAAUUGAAUGGGAGAUCACCAGGAAAUGUUAGGUGUGUGUGUCCAUGAAGUCACCAGGAACUGAGUUUAACCCCAGAGAGUCUUUAUAUCUGCACUGCAGACAUACAUACAUAUUUAACAAUCUAUCCCUUUCUCUAGGGACUCAUAAUCACUGCAUAUCUACGAAGUGGGUUGGGGAAGUGAGAUUUCUUAAUACGUUACUAUUGCACUCUCACCAAAACACAGUUCUCAGGAUUCUUUAGCAGAAGCUGCAACAUUUUUUAAAAACCGUAUUGAAAUAUCUAGGUUUGUAGCAAGUCAAUGUCCUUAAUAUGUCUAAUAGCUCUCACAGCAACGUUGAAGGCUUAGUGUCUCCCAUGUUGUGCCCAUUGAGAAUACAUUUGGAUGUUAGUUGUUCCUGGACCAAAGGGGAUCUAAAUGAUGAACCCCAUUAUAUAAUUAUUUUAGAAAUGAAAGUUACAAAGGGGUUGUUCACAUCUGGGAGGAGACCAAGAAAUCCUUGAGAGAAACAAUGUGCAACCUUCAUUUCUCUUCCUUGCAGCUUAUUUUGUUGCAAUAUCUGUAUUUUUGACCAGAUUUAAUGAAUGGAGUCAUUGGCUGAAUAUGUGAAAAACUUUAGUUUAUGAAAUAUUCUAGGUCAUCACCAUUUUCUUCAUUGUCAUGAUCAUCACCAUCAGCAUCAUCACUACCACAACACUACCAAUUUCCAUAAUAUUAUGCAGAGCAAGAUACU